AACAUCAGCAGACCUGCCAUCAUGAAGAGUGAGGUGCCGUCUGAGGCCACUAGCAGACGGGAGCAUCUGAAGGAGCCACUGGUGAACCCGGAGUCCAUGGAGGGAGCCAAGAACUUCCCCAACAACGUGGARGUUAUUGGAAAGGCGGACAGUGAUUUUGAAACCCUGUGUGAGCCCAGGCAUCGGCCCUUGACGGACACAGGGACCCACAGAGACUCAGAAAGGAGCCUACCUGGGCGCAGAAAAAGAAAAGGCCAGCAGGCCGGGCCGUCGGACUGCUCCUUAAAGGAGGACCACAUCAGUGAGAAUUCACUGGCACCUCAGCGUGCCAGAAUAGACCUUUUAGAGCGUCCCAGUGAGGAUGAACAGAACAAUGAGUCCUCUUUUAGUGACUGUGCUUCCUCCCCUUCAUCUAGCCUGCGAUUCGGGGACUCAGACACUCUCAGUUCAGAUGACGAGGGGGAAGCCGGAGCUACGGGGGGGCAGCAGAAGACUCCUGCCCUCCCUACAGGGGGAGCCGCUGGAGUUGGCCUGCGCCCUAAUUUGAGUCGAACUCGGGGCACUCGCUCCCAUAAGUGGGUGCGGUCCGACGCUGAGCCAGUUCUGCUGAAGCGGCCUUGUCUGAACAGCCGGCGGCCUCUGCAUAGGAAACGCUUUGUGAAAACGGCUCCUGGAGGUGGUCAGCGGACUCAAAAGCAGAAAGAACGACUACUACUGCAGAGGAAGAAACGUGAAGUGAUUGCAUGCAGGAAGUAUGCUUUGCUCCAUAGUAGUAGUAGUUCCAGCGAGGAGCUCAGCAGUGACUCAUCCUCCCCUUCUUCGACCGAAGUGGAUGACGAGCUGUAUGUGGAUGUCAGCAGCACUAGCAGCCAGCCCAACAGUGCUACUGUCGCAACAGGUGCUUUGGAUGAGGACGUAGUGGUGAUCGAGGGUUCUCCAGCUCCAGCGCCUGCUGUUCCUGCAAGUGAAGAGAUAAAUGUCACUUCAACGGACAGCGAGGUGGAGAUUGUCACGGUCGGAGAUGGAUUCAGGUCACGCUCGGUGGGGAGCCUGGGAAGGAUUUGGGGCAGCAGUUGCUCCCAAAGUCGUCUCCAGGAGCCACGUGGACGUCACAGACUCUCCACUGUCAUCCAACCACUGCGUCAGAAUGCUGGGGAGGUGGUGGAUCUCACUGUCGAUGAGGAUGAUCUCUCAGUUGUGCCAACAACUUCUAGCAGCAUUCACUCUCAGACUGUGAGGUCGUCCUCUUCAUCAUCCUCCCAUCAUGCCUCUACCUCUGAGCUCAAUGAUGCCCCAGGCCCUUCCACUAGCUGCGCAGGUUCAAUACCUGAUAGUAUGCACACACAGAGGCCAAGUGGUCCUGCUCGCACAACUGCAGAGGAUGACAACAGACCAGGUUUGUCAGGUACAGGAGGAGAAAACUCAGGCGCAACCAUGCCCAGACUCCCAUCCUGCUGUCAGCAGCACUCCCCCUGCGGAGGCCCCUCCCCUGCUCACCUGUCCCUGAGCCACUCCCAUUCAAGCUGCCUGCAGGCGUCAUCCUCUCAGCAGAGUGGCGGCUCUCAGCACAGCCACAGCAACACUCACCACUUUGUCCACCACAUCCAUCACCCUGCACCCCAACCCCCAGGCACUCUACCCUUUCAAGAGCCAAGCUGCCCCGUGGAGCGGCCCACKGCUCUGCCUGCCCCCUGCGCUGGAGUCAGCGGCAAUGGCAGUAGCGGCAAUGCAGCCCACUAUCAUGACCAGCAAACUCUGCCAGUGGAUUUGAGCAACAGCAGUGUUCGAAGCAGUGGAACCAGUGGGGCUAGUUUCCAUGGCAGCACUUCAGCCUUUGACCCCUGCUGCCCAGGCUCCACCUCACGGCCUCCUGCUUAUGUUUCACAUGCCACCCCUGGGCCCAGCCAGCCAGCUGUGGUGGACUCGUUUGGCUCCUCCAUGGUGGCUCAGCCRCAAACACAACCCCAACCCUGCAGACAUUACAUGCACCCAUCUUAUGGCUCUCUGACACUGCACCACCAGCCCUCGUCUGCCUGCCCUCAUUCCCAUGGAAACCCCCAACUUUCUGCUCAGCCUCCUCCACAAGGCGAAUUUCUCAUUCCCCACACCUUCCACACACCACUGUCAUCCCACCCGCCAGGUCACGCCGUGCCCCCCGCCCNCUGUCCGCACCACCUCUCCACUUCAAGUGCCCCUCUCGCCCAGCACCUUCCCACAGACCACCAGACCCUGCCGCACCACCUGCCUCCUCUGGGGCCUUCGGUGCAGCGGAUCCAUCAACACGAGAUCCUGCAGAGGAUGGAGGUUCAGAGGCGGAGGAUGAUGCAGCACCCCACACGAGCACACGAGCGCCCGCCUCCACAUCCUCAUAGGAUGCACCCCAACUACGGCCACGGACACCACAUCCACGUGCCACAAACUAUGUCUUCCCACCCUCGGCAGCCCGAGCAGAGAACAACAUGGGAGCUUGGCAUCGAGGCUAGUGUUCCAGUGGCUCCGUACACUUCAGGGCAUCUGCACCCCCACCUGCCCCACUAUCAUGCUCCCCCAAGACUGCACCACUUCCCCAUUUCCAUCAUGCACACUGGCAUUUCUGAAGUGACCUACCCGCACAUUAGGUACAUCUCAUCUAGAAUCACUAACUUUGGAAGAAGCUACGAGGACCUGCUACAUUUAGAAGAAAGACUGGGGACUGUGAACAGAGGAGCCUCUCAGGGAACCAUAGAGAGGUGCACCUACCCACACAAGUACAAAAAGAAGGUGUUGGAGAGAGACAUUGACCAACAGUUAACCCCUGAAGCUUGGGCAUCUAUUGGGAAAAAUAUGCACGCAACCUCAGAAUCGAGAAAGCUGCACGGUAAGCAAGAUGAAGACGAGGGGGCAGAUGAAGACACAGAAGAGAAAUGCACCAUCUGUUUGUCAAUACUGGAGGAGGGGGAGGAUGUCAGACGCCUGCCGUGUAUGCACCUCUUCCAUCAGCUGUGUGUGGAUCAGUGGCUCCUCACCAAUAAGAAGUGCCCCAUCUGCAGAGUGGACAUUGAGGCGCAGCUGUCAGCCGAGAGUUGAUGCUGUUUUUCAAACAACUCUUUCGUUUGUUCAGAAUUUAUUUUAAAAUCAUAUUAAUUUCCUCCUCAGUACUGCAGUCAACCAAAGAUGGCAUGAAUUACCUGCGCAGCUCUACUGCGAGAAAAUAAAAAUAAAUUUAAAAAAGGAUAAAAUUAAAAAAACAAACAAACAUUGAGCCUAGAGUGCCAGCUCUCACAUAUUACAACAACAGCUAGAUUUCUCCAUUAAGGAUUUAAGAUUUUAUUGUAUUUAUAAAGCUUUUAUGUAGCUUUUGAUUGUUUCCUAAAAAGUGUCAUUUCUGUUUUGUUUCUCUGCAUGUUUCCUUGCAAUGCAUUUCUUUGCACAUAUAACUUGGGCUAAGAAAUGGCCCAGCAAGUUGCCGGUGAGGGAGCUGCUCUAGUAAAGAUGCAUUUCUGUAAACCUAAUGCCUUGCUUUACUAGAAUAGAAUGUCAACCUCCAGAUAAUUUUUUUUAGAAAAAAAAGGAAAAAAAUACAUUGCAGGAUUCAUUUUACCAAUCAUCGUAUUGAUUAGUUUUAUGUUUAGCAGGUGUGGAUUGUUAGUGAAAGAUGUUUUAAGUACAAAUCAAGACAUUCCUAAUUAGGGAAACAUGUUAACAGAUCAGCUGCUGUAUUUGUGCACACCCAGUAUUUCUAGAGUGGAAAAUAAACUCCAUUGUUCACCUCACUCCCAGAAUAUGCACAUGCUUUGCUACGAUUACACCUCCCUCCUGCACCUUCGUUUGACUACGGCACUGUUGUCACUAUCAUCUUAUGUAAUUUAGGAAGCAAGGAAAAGAAUGUCACCUCACCUCUCUUGACUGUUCUUUCAAAAACCAAGCGAUUGUCGGGAACUGCUGUGAAUCUUUUCGUCRGUUUGGUUGGCGUUCUCUCCACAGAGGGGUUGUGCGACGCUUAAAUAGGUUUGUGUGAGAGGAUCUCAGGCCUGCGUGUGUUUAUAAAUUUCAUAUGAGCCUGCAAAAAUGGUGAUCAUGUUCAUUUGAUACUGACAGUGGUGUUGUCUUUUUUUUUUUUUUAAAAAUCUGUGUGUGUGCUCAGAGGGAAACGCACACCUCACCAUGAGAUCGAUAUUUGCUCUUUGUUCUUACUUUUCAAAACAAUUUACCCCCCAUUUCUUCCGUUUUGUCUCUCUAUAGUUGAGCAAAUGUGUCCGUUUCGGAUGCAGAGGAAAGAAAAAAAAACACACUAAUACUGUUGAUUAACUCACUCGCAUAGACUUGCACAAGAAAGAAAAAGUAGGAGAAUAAUAUUAAAUAAGACUGUGUGCUGAGGCCAUGUACUUCCACUCUGAUGAAUAGAAAAAAGGAAGAAAAAAACAACGGAGUGUUGAAAUGCAGUACUUAAAGCAGGUAUCCAUGCAUUCAUUGACUUAAGGCACCAGGAUUAUAUUAUGUGGGAUUUAUAUUAGUUUUGAAAAUAAUAUUAAUAAACUUGGAUAACUCUU